AUGUCCCUCUUUAGAUCUAUAAAGGACGAUCCUCCUAAUUGGUUUGAGUUUGGGCUUGUUAAGAAGGUUGAGACAUGCCUUCAGGCAUCAUUUUGGAAAGACCAUUGGAUAGGGAGUAUACCCCUUAAGACUAGGUUUCAGAGACUCUUCCCCAUCUUCCAAAGACAGGAUGACAUUGUGGGUGAAAUUGGUAGCUGGGUAGAUGGGAGGAUUUCUUGGAACCUUGGUUGGAGGAGACCGUUCUUCGUCUAUGAGGAAUCUAUGGUCUCUGAUUUUUUUUCUCGAUCUUGCAGAAGUUAG